CCACCUCGGCCACGCAGUUCGUCGACGAGCGCGGCGCCGGGUGUUCGUGACGUUCCUCGCUCCGUCUCUUCAUCUAUUCUUUUAUCUCUAUAAAGCUCUUCUCGCCUUCCGCUCCAGAAAAUUUCUGACAGGUUCACGUCGGCAUUCGAUCGCACUCUGAAGAGUAGCAGCGGGAGGGACCAGAGCGCGGGAGCCGACUCGAUCGCGACUCUUCCGCGUCACUUACGUUCCUCCCCGCCGUACGUGAUCCCGUACCCUCUCUUCGUGAUCACGACAGGCGAUUUAAAUCUCGAUGCGCCACGUUACGCGCCGUUUCCGCAGGAGAUGUUCCCAAAGUGAUCGGCCGCGCUUUUGUCUCUGAGCUUCGUAAGAGCCGGCUCGCGGGGGUGUCGCGAGUUUGCGAAUCUUGCUCGAUUCAAGAGUGAUUUUUUCGAGCGAUCCCACUGCUGGAACAUCAGUUUUUUCCUGAGCGGUCCGAUUAAAAAUAUCCGUGUCGACGGAAUUGCAUCGUUCCGUGAUUCCGCCGGUUAAUUCGAGGAUUCCCUCCGAGGCAGACACCGAUUUUUCCGGCGAACCGAGCGAAAUCGCUCGUCGUCGCGAUUUCUUGCGUCGCUUUCGGAAACGGGUCUAUCUUUAGAAUUUUCAAGUUCAUCGACUCCGCGCGGACCUUGUAUGAGCGCAUUACUGAAAAAGCGACGCAAAACGAUAUUAGUGACUCCAUGAAACUUAUCUCCUUGCUCGGAAAGAAGUUUGCGAUCUGAAAGCGAAUUUUCGACAUUCUUCGAUUCGCGGUCUCGCGGUCUCGCGAAAUUGCCUUGCAGCAAACAUUCGAGAGAUAGGUACUAUUUUAGAAUGGUGAGACGGCAAGAUGAUGCAACUGCACGAGAUGCAGUUUAGUCAACGUGAUACGACACCGUUUCUCUUUUAAGUCCGCCGCUGUUAACUCCACUGUACUGCUUCCGUGAGAGCGUGUGAAGGGGAACAGAGAGACAGAAACGCGUGAUUGUGAUCGGUUUUUACGUGAACGUAAAUCGCACGGAAGUGAACUCUCCGGUCGGGCGCGCGCCGGUUUUGCUGGCCGGUUCAUGCCACUGCGAGGAUGCUGGCGUGCGUCUAUCCGCCGGAAAACUUCGAGGUGAAAACCGUGACGGUGAAGCUGCAUCAUGGAAAAUCGAAGAGAAAGCUCAAGCCCGUCGCGUCCGUGAAGGAAAAACCUCCUUCGGACAACACGGAGACGGAAUGCAGCAACCGAGGCGAUCGAGCAGCCAACAAGUUAGCAGUGGGCGGGGGUGGUGCUGUGCUGGUGCUCAGCGAGCUUGAAAGCAUGGCGGCCAGGCAACAGCGGGAAAUCGCCCAGCAAAGGCGCCUCCUGGAGCAGAAAGAGGCCCGCUUAGCCGUGCUUCGAGGCGCACAGGAGCCAGCACAGCAGGACAGACUCGCCAGAUUGAGGCAUAAACUGGACCAACAGCAAAGCAAGCUGAAUCGGUUGCGAUUACUCAGAUCACAGACGGAUCAGUCGCGCGUCAACAAUGCAACGUUAACUUCCGAUCUGGACUGCAUUAGAGCCCUCUUCAACGAAAAAGAAAAGGAGCUCUCCUUGGCUGUAGCAAAAGUCGAGGAGCUGACGCGGCAGCUGGAGGAACUUCGGGGCCGCCAAAACACCCCCGUCGGUGCUGGGACCGCGGGCAGUAUCGGGGGUGGUCUCACGGGUACCACUGGCAAUGGGCACUUGGUCACCCCAGCCAGCGCCGAGCUGGAGAAGCUCAGGAGGGAGCUUAUGUACCGCAACAAGAUGAAUGAACAACAGAAUCAGGUGGUAUCCCAACAACGGCAGGCUCUGGCUCAACGACAGGCCGAGAUGGCAUCGAUAGAUGCGCGGAUAGCUCAACUACAGAGUCGUCUCCAGCGCAAAAGAGCAUUAAAUCAACGGCUAACACAUCAGCUAAAUUCUGGUGGCGGCGGUGGCGGUGGUAGCGGCGGUGGUGGUACCGGCGGACGCUGCGUCGUCGGUGGCACCAACAACCCUGGAUUUUCGGAUACGAAACUCGAUGGUUUUGGCAAGGACAUCGUCGGCGGCAAACUGCGUCCGGCCGGCAACAUCGCCGCGAUCGAGCCGUAUUCGCAUAUACCGAACGACAAUGAUUUCAAUCUGAACAAAAACGAUCCCAAGUAUCAGACACUGCCGUACAACACCAAGUUCACGGUGAACUUCAAGGCCAUAGAGGACGACGUGAACAAAAACAAGAUACAACACUCGGCGAGCGCGUCCCAGUUGGGACAGCGGCCGGCCUUUCAGCAAUACGGACAUCAAAUCGUUCACAGCCAGUCGCAGUCGCAUAUUCAGGGUCAGUCGCAGUUAUUAGGCAACAAUCAACAGCAGCAGCAUAAUCAAAAUCUCGGCAAUCAACCCGUAUCAACGUUCCAAUCGAGUUGCAAUUACAACAAUAACAACAAUAAUAAUAGUAACAAUCUCAUCGGUAGCGGUACGGCACACAGCUUCAGCCCAGACAAUCUGUCGCAGGGCCUGCGACUUCAUCAGAACCAUCAGCAACAACAGCAACAGCAACAUCAGAAUGGCACUAAUCAGCAAAAACAGCACAAUGUGAAUGUUGCCGCGUCGACGACGUCGAAUCUCGUCGGGAUCACAGUUCCGUCGAUUGCGCAAACCACGCAGAACCACCGUAGUGGUUUGCAAACCGGCCAUCAGAAACCAGUGUCAAGCGUGGCGCCGAGUUUCUCCGUUAAAUCGCAAAUUUACCAGACGUCGUCGACCAAAAUACAUCCGGUCAUGCCACAGACAUUGAGCCUACUGGGUCGCGGGCACAACAAUGGCACGGCGCAGAAUUACAUCGGCAACAGCCAGCAGCAACAGGCGGCCACACAGCUGGUCCAACAAUCUAAUGCCGGGAAUCAGGAAACCGUGCCAGGCUAUCGACAUGGCUAUUCGAACGUUCAACAGCAACAGCAGCAACAGUUUCCUCCAAAUCAGACAGCGAAUGUUCACGCUUCCACGCCAGCGGGUGUCUAUCAGGUCCAAAAUCCACCGAAUCUCGUGGCCAGCCUUCAUGGUAAUGCGACAACCUUCGGCAACUCCGUUCAGAAGUACAAUCAAUCGCAGGUGCCGACCGCCAAUGAUCUCGCGCAGGAUCAGAAUCUGAACGGUCAGAAAAUCAAGUUCGAAUCUUCGGGCAAGAACCAGGAGAAAUUCGAACACGCGUUACUACCUGGCAACAAGCAUGAACAGCAACAACAGCAGCAGCAAAGAUACGAUCAGAAUCUCACGGGCAAGUACGAGCCGCAGCAACAAGCCAAGCACGAUGCGAUGGGCAAUCAAGCGAAAGUGCAGCAUGAGCAGCAUUUGCAUAAGUACGAUCCCGGUUGCCAGAAUUCGCAGCAGUACGGCAAACACGAGCAGUCGCAGCAGCAACAGCACGAGGGAAGAUCGUCGAGCAAGUACGAUCACAAUCCGUCACAGUUCAAGCACGAUUCCUCGAACACCGGCCAGUACAAAGCAGAGUACAAGCCGGAGCCGAACAAGUACGAAGGCGGUGGUCAAAAUAAGUUUGAAGUGUCUGCUAAGUACGAACAGAACUCCACGGGGAAGCACGUGGUAGAUCACGUGGCCGCCAAAUUCGAGAUCCCCGUGAAGGACAGAACGUUCGAGUUUGAUGGCAGAUCAGCGACGAAGGCCGGCGACGGCGACAGAAAGAAUUUCAAUGAAUUGCGGAUAGAGGAUAAAACGAAACCGGCGCUGCCCCCGAAACCGAGCAAACCGAAUCCGCCACCGAGAUUGACUCAUCAUGAGAAAGUCGACGUGACGUCGUCCGAAGGGAUCAACGACUGUAAGAUGACCAACGUGAAUCUCAACUCAAGGUCAGACAAGGACGAAGAUAUACCGCCGAUUCCCACAUCGGAGCCGCCUGAAUCUCCGACAGAAACGCAGCUAGCCAAUCAUCAAAUCAUCAAAGCUCGACCGUUGACCCUGAAGAAGGUACCGAUCUCGGAGCAGCCGAAGCUGAGGUACGCCAAGUCCAAUGUUCACGUGUCGAUAAACCGACGGAUUGAGAUGCCCCCAGCCUUCCUGUUUCCGGAGACGGAAAUUCCGGCGGAUCUUAUGCAGACUGAGCAACAGCAUCAACAACAACAACAACAGCAUCAACAGCACAUCAUCGACACUAUAGACAAUUGCAAGAGCACUACUAUCUCGGCUAGCGAGGAUCUCGGUGACGGCGAGAGGCUGGAGGAGGCCGACAUCAUUGACGCUCUCAAUGUCAUCAACAUCGAGGACAAGUCAACGAAGAUGAAGAGCGAUUCGGAGCUGACCGGCGGGGGUACCGGCGGUGAAACGGACAUCGAUGGAAGCAAGAUAUCGGAGGUGAUGAGAAGGAAGAAGGGUAAUCUCAAGUCAUCGAGCACGGGCGUCGGUGGCAAGGUGAAUCUGUCCAGGCGGGUAUCGUUCGAUCCGCUGGCACUGCUACUCGACGCCAGCCUCGAGGGCGAGCUCGAGCUCGUAAAAAAGACCGCGAAAGAGGUCGCCAAUCCGAGUUCCGCCAACGACGAGGGUAUUACCGCUCUGCACAACGCCAUAUGCGCCGGCCAUCUCGAGAUCGUCAAAUUCCUCGUAGAGUUCGGUUGCGAUGUUAACGCCCAGGACAGCGAUGGAUGGACACCGUUACAUUGCGCCGCGAGUUGCAAUAAUCUAUCCAUGGUAAGAUUCUUGGUGGAACAUGGCGCUUGCAUCUUCGCGACCACUCUGUCGGAUCACGAGACUGCUGCAGAGAAGUGCGAGGAAGACGAGGAGGGAUUUGACGGGUGUUCGGAGUAUUUGUACAGUGUUCAAGAAAAGUUAGGAAUCAUGAACAACGGUCAAGUUUACGCGGUCUUCGACUACGAGGCUCAGCAUGCCGACGAGCUCUCGUUAAAGAAUGGCGACUCUGUGGUCGUGCUUCGGAAAGGCGACGAUAACGAACGGGAAUGGUGGUGGAGUAAGCUCGGACAUAAGGAAGGCUAUAUACCUCGAAAUCUAUUGGGGUUGUAUCCCAGAGUGCAGCCAGUGAAAACAGUUGAUUAAGGAAGUUUUUUCGUGCUCGAAGGAUAUCCGACGAUUACUACAGUAUUCGAUUUGCAGCUUUAUCUCGUUAAUUAUUAUUACACGGCACACACUAUAGUGUAGUUAUUUAAUAGUAUCUCAUUGCCAUCCGAGCGAAUGUGGAUAUUAUGAAGCGGCAGUCUAUCCAUUUCUAGCAGUGUCUGUGUUUUUAACGUGUAAUUAUUUUUAUAAUUUUUGAAAAGAAUAUCAUCUCGUGCGGACUUUUAAUCGACGGGAAGGAAAUCCCAAUUCGUCAUGAUCUGCGAAUCGAACGAUUCUUGAUAACGCGUAGAAUAUUGAGAACGCGUGUUUUAAUGUGUAAUGUGCGCAGCUAGUGGCCAACGUCUAUCCAAUUUUAUUGCAUUCGUCAUGACCCAUGGAGUUGCAUGCGUUAACUUUCCGUUUCGAAAGUUAUGUUAAGAAUCGGUAGGACAUUUUGUGUAUUCUUUACACACUCGUAAACUAUUGCGUUUUUUUUGUAGCGGUGUGUAUUUGAUUUGCAUUAUUCGUACGUUUUACUGUUUCGAAAGUUUUUUUUAAUCUUUUUAUUAUACAGGCUGACCCAUAGAUUGAUGAAGGUGCAUACAUGGUGUUAAUGUCCUGUGAAAUUUGGAGUUGAUUUUUGCUGACCGAUGGUCCUAGGAACAAAUAGUUUUUGAAAUGUCGACUAUUAGAAAAUGGAAGAUUCUUUAUCCUUCAUUUAAUUGAGCUUUAAAGACGUAAAAAUAGAUAAAGAUGGCAUAUUAAUUCGCCAAUUAAACGUGAAGCAUAUUUUAUUUUCGUAUACUUGUAUACAAUUUUAAUUUAAGAAUUAGUUUUUAAGAUAUUAAUUAUUAAACAACAUUUGAGCAUUGUAAAUAAGUUGUAAGAAAGUAAUGGUUAUGCCCUUCGCAAUAUCUUCACCUUGAAAAGCGAUUGACUCGAAAUUUCACAGGCGUCGUAUGUUCAUCUUUUAUCAAUUCUGGAUCGUCCUACGAUUCGCGCGAGUAUUGAUUUACGAAUUUUAUCACUUUUAAUUUGCUUCAUCUAAAUGCUCAAGUUUAGGUGAGGUCAGAUUACAUGUUGUUAUUUUGUUGGUUGGAGGAUGUUGAGUAGGUUCUUCGGGUUUCGGGGGUCACUAUCCGAUUUCUCGAUGGCGCUCCUACCUGAACUUACGACGCGUAACGUGAUCUUGCCAAUACGCACGAUGAACGAUACGAGAUAGACUUUUGAACGACGAUGUGCAAUUAUACGGAGAGGACUGAAAUUAAAGUAGGAUACUAAAGAGGAUAAUGGACGAUGAGUAUCAACCGCACCGAACCGUAUUGUUGAUGCGACACCGCCUGAAGCGUCACGUAAUUAUUUAGAAAUGGGCAUGUACAAGAUAACGAUCACUUCUUAAUCGCGAGUAUAGCGCUGUCAGAAGUUCUUUAAGCGCCACUGCUAUCGCGCUCUUGUAAUAGAUCUGUACAGGCGUGUGAUGUGCGCGCGCGAAUACGAGCCGCUUAGGGAACUCCUGAUCUGAUCGCUCGUUAUGCGAAAAUAUGUGCCUUUCAGAAAAGUAAUAAUGGAUAUAUUAGAUAAGAGAAAACACACGAUAUAUUAUAUGACGAAUAAAUUGUUUUUAAUAAAAAAAA